CGUUCGUAUUGUAUACAUAAAGUAAACAUUAAGUAUAAGUAUAUAAAAAUUUAAUCGCAUUGGGAGACUGACGUGGUAUUAACAUAAUUUCCUUAAAAAGUACAGGAUUUAAAUAAAAUAUUACUUUCAAAAUGAUUUUAAAAGCUCUUGUCAUUGUAAUAUUAAUUAUUGAAACCUUUUCUACAAAUCCAGAAGAAGAACUACACGGAGUUAAAUACGCAAACAACUGUGAAGCUUGUAAGGUAUUAGCUAUUGAAUUGCAGAACAGAUUGUCUGAAACCGGUAAAACUCAUGAAGUUUUAGAAUUUGGGUAUUCGUUGGAUGAGACAAAAAAGAGAAAAAAGGAAUAUAAAAAGAGCGAGACAAGAUUAAUUGAAUCCAUGGAGAAUGUUUGUGAAAGAAUUUUAGAAUAUAAUAUUCAUAAAGAACGAAAAGAUAGUACUCGCUUUGCAAAAGGAAUGAGUGAAACUUUCCAGACGCUUCACGGGCUUGUUAAUAAAGGUGUGAAGGUAGAGCUAGGGAUUCCGUUUGAACUAUGGGAUAAGCCAUCUGCGGAAGUAACUCAAUUAAAAACACAGUGCGAAAUGUUAGUAGAACGUCAUGAAAAUGACAUAGAAGAUUGGUACUUUAAAUUCCAGUCAGAGGGACCACUGAUUGAUUAUCUCUGUCGUGAUCGCGUACUUGCUAAAAAGGAUGCUGAAUGCUUAUAUGAAGUUCUAAAACCAAAAGAAAAGAGAAAUGCUGAGGAACAAAAAACUGAUGAUGAAACUAAAGAGGAAUCAGAAACUGAGUCAUCAAAUAAAGCCUCUGAUGAGCUGUAAUUUAAUACAUUUCAAUUUAUACAUUGUAUUUUUAUUUAAAAAAUAAAUUCAAGUUAUUUCUUCCUUUUUUUGCCAUUUAAAUA